CAUCCUGGCCUUGCAUCAGAGGUUCCGCACCGACUUCCUCAUGUUCGGCUACAGCCUGACGCCCUUCCUCGCCGAGACCUGACGGAGCUCCAGGCCUCAAUGAGACACGUGCGUCUCUUUUCAAAUAAGUUUUGUUAUUAUUAUAAUUCUUCUUGUGUGUAUGUGUUUUUUGUUUUUUUAGAAAAAGAUAGUUUCAUUGCCUCCUUCUUCGUCCGUUGAUUUUACAAACUUAGUACAUUUGGCCCAUCUGCGUUAGUCCGGCGAUGAAAAGUCAUAGAUGAAGAGGCAUAGAUACUUAUCAAAUACAAAACAAGAUUAUGCGGUACAUCUUGCAUUAUAUAACUGACAAACUUCAUUUGAGAAACCCUUUCCUCUUCAUACAGGUUUUGAAGUCGUUUAGUUGAUUGUUACAACACUUGUAAACGUGUAUACUGUAUACUUGUACGGCCUAUCGGUCUGUCCGGAGUUGGAGCACCCCGGACUCUACCCUGCAGAACAUGGAAAUGAAGGCGUCUUGUACUCUGAACAUCAAGAGGAAACAUAAGAGGGCUUUUUUAAAGCGAUAUCACAGCCAUAAUCUUUUAAGUCCACGAAUCUUCUCUGGAAAGUAAUAGAACAUUAUACCAGAGACAGAAUUUUGUAUGGUGCGGGUAUUUCUAAUGCAAAGUUAUCCGUUCUAUAUGCUUAUGCUGUGUCCUCGUAAAGAAAGCGAACCCAAUAAAUUAUUUCCCUUUC